AUGGAAGGAGAUAGGAGAGUGGGUGUGGCCGUGGAUUUCUCGGCAUGUAGCAAAAAGGCGCUUAAGUGGGCUGUGGAUAACGUUGUCCGGAAAGGGGAUCAUUUUAUCCUCGUUAACGUACUCCCCGAAGGAAAUUAUGAGGAGGGAGAGAUGCAGCUCUGGCAGACCACCGGUUCUCCUUUAAUCCCUUUAAAUGAGUUCUCUGAUCCUCAUGUCAUGAAGAAAUAUGGGGUGCAUCCUGACCCAGAAACAUUGGAUAUUGUCACUAUUGCCUCUAGGCAGAAAGAGAUUGUGGUGCUGUUGAAAAUAUACUGGGGCGAUGCUCGGGAGAAGAUAUGUGAAGCAGUGGAUAAUAUUCCCCUUAGCUGCCUUAUUAUAGGGAACAGGGGACUUGGCAAGAUCAAGAGGUUCAAUGUUUUCAUUAUUAUCUUUUAUUUCUGA